AGAUCUUUUAGGGAUAUAAGUAUUUGGGUGAUCAAAAUUCUUGAAGACGAAUAUAUUGUGUAUGAAUUGAUUCAUUUCGGUCUUUCCGGAAGUAUGACUAAAUGUCCCCUAGCUGCUUGAUUUGUGUACACUCAACACACUGAACUAUUUAUAAAUCUCUUGUACUUCUCAUGAUAUCAUUACUUAAACAAUGAAAGUUUUGUGGAUAGAGUUGACAUUCUGUGUACAAUUUUUAUUGUUCAUUUCCGGGGUUUCACCUGAUAAUGCUGUGAAGUACAAUAUCCAUCAUGAUUGUCCUUGUGACCCUAUUUAUUGCCGAGUACAUAAAUUUGAGUACAAUGAUGAGAAAGUAGUUGUUGCAGAAGGCGAAGCAGACCACUCAAAAUGGCCUUGGUCUGAAAUUACCACAGUCAUUGCUACAAGUGAAGUCCCAAAUAAAAAAGCUCAACAGCUUAUGUGUACUGCUCACAAAUAUAAAGCCAACUUUGCAUUUAUUGAGAAAGUGCCAGUAAUUACAAAUACCUCAGAUCCUGAGCUACAGAACUGGCUGAAUAAGGUGGCAGCUAAGAAGGACCUGUUAUAUGUAGAUUACAUAGCUCUAGAUUUGCUGGAUCUGCUGGGACAAUGUACUGCUGAUAGCAGUCAUAUUCAGGAAGUGCUGGAAUUGUUGAAGUACAUGGUUAAAAAUUAUUUUCUUCCUCACAGUGCAGAGCUGCUGUGUAUUGUUCCAUACAAACCUCCCUGCUAUGACGGUGACUGUAGCUUAGCCAAGUAUCUGACCGAGCAUUGUUCUGCUUUUAUCACCAGUCCUGAAAGCUUUAUUACAUGUGAUACCAAUACCAACUGCAUUGCCAAAGCUACCAUUCCAAUGACAAGUCUUGUGUAUGGUGUGGAAGAAUACAUUGAUCAUGGCAUUACUCCAGACAAGCUGUUGAUUGGGAUUCCUUGGCAUGGCUAUGAUUACACCUGUAGUAAUUCUUCAGUGCAGAAAAAGAGUGGAGGUCAAGAAGCACUGACCUGCUAUUUUGGCAAGAAAGUUAACUCCACUGCCUGUGAUACAUCAAAAAGGAAAAAAGUCAGUGUAGCAGAUAUUAAAGCCAAGUAUCCUGUUCAGUACCAGAAUAAAAAGUCACACCACUACCACCCAAUUUAUAGAUCUGACUACAUUAAUGUUGAAGACAAUGGUGUACAGCAUCAGCUUUGGUACGAAGGACAUGACAGUCUACUGGACAAAUACAUGUACAUCAGGACCAUGAAGUUUAAAG